GAGAGAUGGAGAGGGUGAGAGGACAGUAGCAGGUCAAAGACAAAGAUAAUAGCCGCAGGUCAGUCUCAUUCCAGGUUCCACCAUCUCCUGUACCAGUUGCCAUGGCUUCAGCUGUUUUACCUGCUCUGAGUGUCUGUCUCUGUGCCUUGGCACUAAUUCUCUGCAACAGUCCAGCAGAGGCUCAGGCAGAUUUAGCUUUGGAUUGUUGCCUGAAGGUUAGCCAUCAAAUCAUCCCCAAACAAAUCCUCCUCAGUUACCAAAAGCAGUUCAGAGGUGAUGGCUGCCCCCUUGAUGCUGUUGUGUUCAGAACCAGAAAAGAUCGAAACCUGUGUGCCCCACCUGCUACUGAAGUUCAGUGGGUUAGAGACCUGACCAAGUUUCUGGACACAAGGCUCAGGAAGUGCAAAGAAACCAAAUUUCAGGCCAAACGCUGUGAAGCCUUGAAGCCUUUGUCUGAUUGAGAGAUCACACUCAUUUCAGCUAAUGAUGAAACUGAUGUCACAAAUCUUUGGUGGUUUCUGUUCUUUAAUAAAUUGCUGAUCUUCCUCUAUCAGAAAUUUCCAAAUUAGCAAAAUUGUUUGAGCUGCACUGUAGGUUCUGUUGCUAUAUUUUUUAUUUUGUUGAUAUAACAAUCCUGUUGCAUUACUA